UUAACCCGGAGAGAGCACCUGUUAGAACAACUGCUAUUGAUUCUAAGAAAUAAACCUAACGUAUCUUACAACUAGCAUUUAUCUUUCAGCCAGCAUGUCUGGUCAUCUUUUUCCUCAGAACCUUUGGGAUCUGAUAACUAAAGCUUUCAGUACUUUCAUGGUCAUAGUUGUCUUUUUGACCCUGCAGUACAUACUAGACAUGGAUUUUGAAUGCUCAUGCAGCCACACUACAGUUAUCCAUAGUAACGAUGUACUGUACAUGAUGGCGCCUCCUGUGAUCCUCACCUGGGCUGUCUACAUGAUUGAGUCUCUCCAACAAAGGGAGUUUGUUCGACGAGGGCAAAUCUUUGUUUGCAGCAAGUACUGCAGAUCUUUUGUUAGCCUGCUGUAUAGAUACGUCAGUCUGAACGUUUUAUGGGGAGCUUCUGUUCUAGUUAAUGGAGAUUGGUACUUUUGCCUGAUGACAAACAUCAAUGAAUCUCAGGUUGGAAUUCCUUGCAAAGAAAAGCUUGACGAUGUCGAGAGACUCCUUAAAGCCCACUAUAAGUCACAUUCUAUGGAAAUUGGCUAUUAUGUAAUUGGUGGUCUGAUUCUUUUUUGGAGUGUUGUUGAAUUGAUUGCAUGCUGUUGUGGAAAAAACAAGAUGAACUACUGCCCUGGCUUCAGGAAGUUUAACACGCCUUUCUACAAAAUGGUUUAUAAAGUUAGCCUGGAAGAGGAAGUAAGAAGGUAUUUGCAGAUGGAGCUAAAAAAUAUAGCAAUACAAAGAGCAAAAGCACUCUGUGAACCCGCACUUGUCAAUAUUAGGAAUGAAGAGAUUAAAUCUAAUAGAACAAGUGAUAAAAAAGAGAUCCAGGAAAAUGCUUUAAAAGCCUGGUGGAAGAUAUCAGACUUCCAUUUCGUCUUCACUGAACUUGAACAAUCGCUUUCAGAUCAAGAAACACAGAUCUCAAACCAGGAACAUUCAUCAGGAGGCACUAACUCGGCUGACUCCAACCAGAACAUUCAUCAGGAGGCACUAACUCGGCUGACUCCUAAAACCAGGAACAUUCAUCAGGAGGCACUAACUCGGCUGACUCCUCAAACCAGGAACAUUCAUCAGGAGGCACUAACUCGGCUGACUCCAAAAACCAGGAACAUUCAUCAGGAGGCACGGAGUUGGCUGACUCCUCAAACCAGGAACAUUCAUCAGGAGGCACGGAGUUGGCUGACUCCUCAAACCAGGAACAUUCAUCAGGAGGCACGGAGUUGGUUGACUCCUCAAACCAGGAACAUUCAUCAGGAGGCACGGAGUUGGUUGACUCCUCAAACCAGGAACAUUCAUCAGGAGGCACUAACUCGGCUGACUCCAAAAACCAGGAACAUUCAUCAGGAGGCACUAACUCGGCUGACUCCUCAAACCAGGAACCAUUACCAGGAAGCACGGAGUUGGCUGACUCCUCAAACCAGGAACCAUUACCAGGAAGCAUGGAGUUGGUUGAUCAAACACCUUGAAGAUCAAGGGAAGGAACUUAACUGAGUACAUUUCCUCAAGUAUACAAUUUGAGGUACUUCAGGUAGUUAAGUUGAGUCUAUUCAUUUUCUGAUACUUCCACUUCACUACUUGUAACAUAAAGAAUGAUAUGUUUUAUUAAAACACAUUUAACGACUUCAAUUACUUCUUUUUACCACUGAAGAUUAUAAAGUUAGCCAUGAUUUUUACAUAUAACAUUCACAAUGUGAUUUCCUCUUCCAGUCUACGACCGGAAGGGUUUGUACAAAGGAAACAGAUUAUGCAACAGAUGGUAAGACCUUCUCACAGAUCCAUUGCAGACUUGUUUUACAAGACAAAUCAUUCCAGUUCUUUAAAUUCUGCCCUCCAGUUAUGAUAUGGGCACAGUCCUCUUCCCCAAGCUCUUUAUACCCUCCACCGUUGUCAGGCUGAAUCGACCGCCAGUACCUAUCAGGGGGAAGACUUUGUUAAUGUUUGACAUGAACACAGCUUGUCAAUCAUGCAUUAAUCAUCCUGAAUCGUGCCUGUUUGUAGGAUUUAGAUUCAUCAACAUGUUGGUUAUGUCUUUGGUUCCUCAGCUUCUGUUUUUGAGAGGAUUUAGCUGUAGUUUGCUGUCAGGGCAGACUCAAACUCACUGAGCUCUGCCCAUCCAGCACCAAAAAGAAGAGGCAGAAUGUUGGCAUCCAGCCGGUGAAGAUCAUGGAAAACUUAGCAACAUCUAAGUGUUGUUUAAGUGCUUAAUGACAUAAAUCUGUGCAAUUGAUGUGAAUAUUACCUUCAUUAUGCAGGAACAAACACAACUCCAAUCGAUGAUGCAAAUGUGACUUUGUGUCAGCUGGAAGUUUAAUAUGAAAAUGUAUGCUAACACGUUUUCCAUACCAGCUAUUUCAGAGGACAUCUAAGGCCAAAAAUCAUCAAUCAAAACAAAUCAAAUCCAAGUAAAUCAAAUCAAAAUAAGUACAUGUUGAUUUCUUACACUCAAGGACCUUGUUUCUUAUUAUUGUGAUACCUCCUCCUGAUAGUCCGCCAUAUUCUAGACGUAGAAAUAAAAAAACAACCCAUCAAAUCUUCUCUUUUCCCUAGAAUCAAGCUUUUGAGUGUUAAAAGUUAUGAUGAUGAAAAUAAAAUAUAACUUUCCUGUAUUUCUCUACAUCAUUCUGUUCAAUGACAUUUCUAAAGCUGUGCUGUCUAAAAUAUACUAAAUGUGCUUUAUAUUGUAUAAUGAAGAUGCCAAUAUCACUGCCUCCUGAUGUAGCACAGCAGGGAAAAGCCUGAUUUAAAGAACCAUUGCACCAUCUGUUGGUAUUAAUAGGUCAAAUAUAUUUCACUCAUGGUCUACUUGUCUGAUUUCUUUUACACACUGUAUAAUGUGAUUAAAGACACGGUCCAUUACA